GUGAACAUCAGUGAAUAUAAAUAUCAACAUAGAAAUCGAAAAUGGCUCGUACCAAGCAAACCGCUCGCAAGUCGACUGGUGGCAAGGCGCCACGCAAACAACUGGCCACCAAGGCCGCUCGUAAGAGCGCCCCAGCCACCGGAGGCGUGAAGAAGCCCCAUCGCUAUCGCCCCGGAACUGUGGCCCUGCGUGAGAUCCGUCGCUACCAGAAGAGUACCGAGCUGCUGAUUCGCAAACUGCCUUUCCAGCGUCUGGUGCGUGAGAUCGCUCAGGACUUCAAGACUGAUUUGCGGUUCCAGAGCUCGGCAGUGAUGGCUCUUCAGGAAGCUAGCGAAGCAUAUCUUGUUGGCCUUUUUGAAGAUACCAACUUGUGUGCCAUUCAUGCCAAGCGUGUAACAAUCAUGCCCAAGGACAUCCAGUUGGCCCGUCGCAUUCGCGGUGAGCGUGCUGGCAACUAUGCCGAGCGUGUUGGUGCCGGCGCUCCGGUUUACCUGGCUGCCGUGAUGGAAUAUCUGGCCGCCGAGGUUCUCGAGUUGGCUGGCAAUGCUGCUCGUGACAACAAGAAGACUAGGAUUAUCCCGCGUCAUCUGCAGCUGGCCAUUCGCAACGACGAAGAAUUGAACAAGCUGCUCUCCGGCGUCACCAUUGCCCAGGGUGGAGGUGCGGCCUUGCCUCUUCAGGGCGUACACGACAUCCAUGGCUGUGACAGUCUUCCUCUUGGCGUGUUCGGUGUAGGUGACGGCAUCACGGAUAACGUUCUCCAGGAACACCUUCAGAACACCACGUGUUUCCUCAAAUCGAAAAUGGCUCGUACCAAGCAAACCGCUCGCAAGUCGACUGGUGGCAAGGCGCCACGCAAACAACUGGCCACCAAGGCCGCUCGUAAGAGCGCCCCAGCCACCGGAGGCGUGAAGAAGCCCCAUCGCUAUCGCCCCGGAACUGUGGCCCUGCGUGAGAUCCGUCGCUACCAGAAGAGUACCGAGCUGCUGAUUCGCAAACUGCCUUUCCAGCGUCUGGUGCGUGAGAUCGCUCAGGACUUCAAGACUGAUUUGCGGUUCCAGAGCUCGGCAGUGAUGGCUCUUCAGGAAGCUAGCGAAGCAUAUCUUGUUGGCCUUUUUGAAGAUACCAACUUGUGUGCCAUUCAUGCCAAGCGUGUAACAAUCAUGCCCAAGGACAUCCAGUUGGCCCGUCGCAUUCGCGGUGAGCGUGCUUAAGCUGAGACGGUCUCAACUAGCGACCAAUGCGCCAGCAUACUUUGUACAAAUCGGUCCUUUUCAG